UAUCAGACGACGUGUACGAGUCUUCUCUCCUCCACAUCCUUUCCAUCCCAUCCCAACCCACACUCGGGCGCCGCACCAAAGAAAAACCCCAACCGAGCAACCAUGAGGUCUCCUCCAUCUCACAGCCCCAAUUCCUCCUUCCACCGCAAGGAUAAACUCCCAUUGCCGGCCUCCGACCUCUUCCAGGCCGAGCCCUGGCUCGACGACGUCGGCACCCUCGACCCGGACCACCUGGCCCGGACCCUCGCCGGCAUCAAGGCCAAGGGCCUGCGCCCCGACCUUCUCGGCUCCAUCAUCUCCCAAUACGCCUCUCGCUGGCUCCCCGAGCUGGCCACCGGCCGCGCCGCCGAUCCCUCCCGGGUUCCCGAGAGCCCCACCGCCGCCUGGCUUCAGAAGCGCUUCCUCGUGGAGACUCUCGUCUGUGUCCUCCCCCAGGAGAGGGAUGCCGUUCCCUGCGACUUCUUGUUGAGGCUUCUGAGGACGGCGAGCAUGGUCGGGGCCGCGGCCGGCUGUAUCAGCGAGCUGGAGGCGCGUGCGGGCCGGCAGCUGGACCAGGCGACGCUGCGGGAGGUGAUGAUACCGGCGUUCAGCCACACGUGCGGGACGCUGCUGGACGUGGGGCUGAUGCUGAGGCUGGUGCGGCGGUUCGUCGGGGCGGAGGAGGGCCCCGCGGUUGUAGCGAGGAGCGGCGCGGCGGCGCUGGCCAAGGUGGCGAAGCUGGUGGAUGCGUACCUGGCGGAGGCGGCGCUGGACGCUGGACUGGCCGUGGCGGAGUUCGAGGAGCUGGCCCGGGCUGUCCCGGGCUACGCGCGGGCCACAGACGACGGCUUGUACCGGGCCAUCGACACGUACAUCAAGGCCCAUCCGAACACUAGCAAGCAAGAGAGGAAGGUCCUGUUUAGUCUCAUCGAUGCUCGAAAGCUGACUUCGGAGGCCUCCCUCCAUGCGGCCCAGAACGAGCGCCUUCCCGUCCGAUCCGUGAUGCAGGUCCUCUUCUCGGAGAACUCAAAGCUCAACAGGAUCACUGAGUGGAGUUGGUCGUUCGGUGGGCCACGGAGCCCGAAUCCGGCCCUCGAACCUCCAGGCCGGGUCCCCUCCAAAAGGGAGGUCUUGGCCCAGCAGCUUGAGAUGCGUAAACUCCGGGAGGACGUGGCCAGGCUCCAGGUCCAGUGCCAUGCCUUGCAAGCUCAAGUGGACAGGCUUAAUUUGGAGAAGAAGAAGAAGGGGUUCUUCCGGUGGAGUGCUUUCCUGUUCAGAAGUGCUGACGUGGUGGAGAAGGUUGAGGACUAUGAGGUCGGGCCAGAGCGCCGGACACCGAUGGAUGCCAAGAAGGGAAGGCUGGCUCAUGAAAAGGGUACGCCACCUAAGUGGCGCAACUCAAUGUCUUGAAGAAGAAUUGCAACCGAGUCGUCUUGUGAUUAAUCUUCUGUCAUUGUAAUCUUUGCAGUCUGACAUCUUGCACUGUGUACUAAAUUUACGUCUACAGCCCAAAGUGAGCGAGAAUGCAACGUUACCCUUAAAUAUG